CGAAGGUACCGCUGCCUGAUGAGCAGCUAGUAUGGCCCGGCUGCAGCUAGCGGGUAGCCGGCGGCUCGUUCCCUUGCCCCGCCGGGCGGCCAGGCUCGCUCCGCUGCUGCUGCCGCUGCUGCUGACGCUGCCCGACGGGGCGAGGGCUGACUGCCCGUGCCAGGUCCCAGCUCUGUGCCGUCCCAUCACCCACCGCCCCGACUUCGAGGUCUUCGUAUUUGAUGUUGGACAUAAAACUUGGAAAUAUUAUGACUGGUCACAGAUUACAACUGUGGUACUUUUUUCAAAUUAUGACCCAGAACUUAUGUGCCAUGCUCAUGCGAAAGGAGCCAGAGUAGUGUUAAAAGGAGAUGUAUCUGUAAAGGAUAUCAUUAAUGCUACUUUCAGAGCAUCCUGGAUAGCUCAACAAGUUAAGCUGGCCAAAACACAAUAUAUGGAUGGAAUUAAUCUAGACAUAGAACAAGAUGUUGCUCAUUCAUCACCUGAAUACUAUGCAUUAACUGCUUUAGUCAAAGAAACCACAGACUCUUUCCAUCGUGAAAUUGAAGGAUCACAGGUAACCUUUGAUGUACCUUGGGGUCCAAACUGCGUAGGUGCAAGGUGCUAUAACUAUACCGGAAUUGCAGAUGCCUGUGACUUUCUCUUUGUGAUGUCUUAUGACGAACGAAGUCUGGCCUGGUCACGAUGUAUUGCAGGAGCCAAUUCUCCCUAUAUUCAGACAUUAACUGGAUAUGAUGACUUCAUCAAGAUUGGAAUUAACCCUAAGAAACUUGUAAUGGGUAUUCCCUGGUAUGGUUAUGAUUAUACAUGCCAAACUCUAUCACUGGAUCAUGUUUGUACCACUGCAAAAUACCCUUGUAGCGAUGCUGUACAUCAUCAAGUGGCUUAUCAAACAAUUAUGAAGCAAGUAAAUAGUUCUGCUUCUGGAAGGCUGUGGGAUAAAAAUCAGCAGUCUCCUUAUUAUCACUAUAAAGAUCAGGCUGGCCAUUUCCAUCAAGUGUGGUAUGAUGACCCUCAGAGCAUUUCUCUAAAGGCAUCAUAUGUACAAAAACAUGGCUUACUCGGCAUUGGCAUGUGGCAUGCAAACUGCCUUGACUAUUCUGGAGAUGCUAUAGCAAAACAGCAAACUGAAGAAAUGUGGAAAGCCUUAAAACCAAACUUGUGACCAGAGAUGAACAUCUUGUUAAACUAUGAAGAUUUAGAAAAAUGGUCUGUUUAAAUCUAUCUAGUUUCUGGAAGAGAUUAAAAAAUUUAGACCUUUUUUCAUGUUCUUAUAUAUUUUAGUUAUUAGUAUUCUCAAAAACAGAUAAAGAACAAAGAAAUGCUUUGAUUGUUUGAAAUUGAAAAAUACUUACCUAUGUAUAUCUUCUGUGUACAACAACAUAAAUGUAAGAAGCAAGUCAACUUACCAUGUCAAAUACUCCCCUGUAAGAAGUUUAACACCUAUAGUUGGGAACAAUUGCUUUCAGAAUUUUAUUAUGCUAAAAUUUUAAAUGAUAAUAAAUGAUAUUAAAAUAUAUACUUACAAAUCAGUGACAGUUUUAAAAAUAUGUAUAAUUUGAAGUGGAAAUUGUUUGCUUAGGGAUAGAUUUUUAAAAAUUUACUCUGGGAAUCUGUUUUAUACUUUUUUCAAUAAAUUUUAAACCUGCAAUUUUGUGUCUUUAGGUUCACCAAAUUGAUGCAAAUAAUUUUUCUGCUUUCUGAUUCCUUAUAACACUUGUGUUGUCUGAGUCACUUGAAUGAAACUCAAGUCUCCAAAGGGGAAAAAAUGAAUAUAAAAGAUCAAAAUACUUAGAAAAUACAAGAAGGUAACUUAAUAGUAAUUUUUGAAUUAUUAUAGGUUAAAUAUAUCUGAUAUUUACCAAUUAAAUUAUUUUUUUGAGGUCAUAUCUGAAAUGUUUACAAAAAACUUGAUGUUGAACCCAGUUCUGUUCAUUGUCAUUUACCCUUCCAAAUUAUUAAUAUUCCUUCACUGAUGGACAUUUAUAUAUCCUGGUUAGUUUUGUUUGCAUAGUUAAAUUUUUUCAAUUUCUAUAUCUGUGUUUUGAUUAUCUAAAGACAUUAGUUUCUUAACUGUGGUUUUCUUCCUAAAAGAGAAAUUUUGUACAAAGAAAUGUACAGGGGUCUGUGUUUCUUUACUAAAGCCAAUUUAGAAGAAUAUUGUGUUGCAUUUAUAUUAAUUCCUAUAAAUUCUUAAAUUAAAAAUCUGCACUCUUAAACUCUGGAUUUACAUUAACCCUGCCUUCCCUGUGCAUUCUGCUCUCUUCAAACUGGAUAAAUAAUGGUUGAGUCUUCUGUUAUGAGAAUAAUUCAUUUCCUACUUGCAUAAUUAUUUAUAGCAAAGUAAAACCAACCAUUUUCCAUAGUAUUUGCUUUGUAUUUUUAAAUAUUAGUAUUUGUCUUUGUAUUUUUAAAAUAAAUUUAAAAGAUUUAAAUUCUCAGUACUAAUCUCUGUCAUAGCUGUGAAUGCAAGUUAGACUUAUAUUUAUUAAAUAAUUUUUCAUUUUACAGUCAUAUUAGGUAUUAUAUUUUAAGACUAUUUAAAAAUGAAAAUGAUAAAAUAUAGUACUGUAAAAUAAAAUGUAAUACAUUUGAAACCUUAAAAAAUAGCCAAAUAACCACCAUUUUGCUUUUUUACACCUAUAUUUCCUGAAACACUGUAUAAUGGCCACAAGAAAAGGGAAAAGAUGUAAAACUUAUAAUUUAUAUGAAACAAGGAGAACAAUGGUUAAACAAAUAUGUUCAAGUAAGUAAAAAAAAUUUUUUUUGGCCAUACCACAAUGCAUAUGGGAUCUUAGUUCCUAGACCAGAGAUUGAACCUGCACUCCCUGUAAUGGAAGUGCGGAGUCUUAAUCACUGGAUCUUUGACCAAUAAAAGUUUUAAAUUAACAUACCUAAUUGAGAUUGAAAAGUUGUAUUAAGUUUCCUCUGUGCCAGUUCAGCUUUCAUUGUGCGUAAAUCUGAAAUUGCUUGUUUUCUCAUCUAUAAAAAAGAAUUGUCUUUCAAAAAUGAACUUCCAUCUUUUCUAAAAUUACAUAAUUGUCAUAUAAAUAAGGGUUUUUGAAAUAGCUUUCAUGUCUUCUCUCAUUUGCCUUCAGUGCCUUUGUUUGCACUGGAUUACUGUGGUAAAUGUAUACUUCAUAAGUCCCUCUGAGAAAGCAUGCUUAUCUACUGCUAGGUAUGCUACCAAAUAAUUUCACUUAUUAGUAUAUAAACAUGAUAAAAAUAAAUGGUUCUAAAAAACUAGAGUGAGAAAGAAUUUUAUCUUUCAUUUAUUUCAGUAUCUUCUCAAUGUGUAAAGAAAAUGGUAAAAGCAAAAAACCUCUGACUCCUAAAGAAAUUACAAAAAAUACUUAAUUUCCUGACCUUAGAAACCAAGGAAGUACUUAAGAAAUA